GGUGCUCUGUGAAUUACGGAAGUCUCAGGCAGCAGAAAAGAACAGUCAUAUGUUUCGGUUUACUACUAAAACCUUCAAGGUAGCUAGCUAGCAAAUGCUACCCUUGGUAACAGUGAAAUGUGUGUAGGACCGAAUGAUAUCACUAAUACGAAAUGGAGGAGAUAAAAUUAUCUCCAGAUUACAACUGGUUCAGAAGCACCGUUCCUCUCAAACGAAUUAUUGUGGAUGAUGACGACAGUAAGGUUUGGUCACUGUAUGAUGCUGGGCCCAAAUGCAUCAGAUGUCCUAUCAUCUUUCUCCCCCCGGUCAGCGGAACAGCAGAGGUGUUCUUCCAGCAGGUCCUGGCCCUCACAGGCUGGGGGUACAGGGUGAUAUCGCUGCAAUACCCUGUGUACUGGGAUCUGCUGGAGUUCUGUGAUGGAUUCAGAAAGUUGCUUGAUUACUUACAGUUGGACAAGGUUCAUCUGUUUGGGGCAUCUUUAGGAGGCUACCUGGCUCAGAAGUUUGCAGAGUGCUCUCACAAAUCCCCCAGAGUGCACUCUCUUAUCCUCUGCAACUCCUUUAGUGACACAUCCAUCUUUCACCAGUCUUUGACAUCAAACAGUUUCUGGUUGAUGCCUGCCUUCAUGCUGAAGAAGAUAGUUCUCGGUAACUUUGCCAGAGGGCCAGUGGACCCAAAAAUGGCUGAUGCUAUCGACUUUAUGGUGGAUCGGCUGGAGAGUUUGAACCAGAGUGAACUGGCCUCUCGACUGACUCUCAACUGCCAGAACUCUUAUGUGGAGCCACACAAAAUAAAGGAUGUGGUCGUGACCAUCAUCGAUGUGUUUGAUCAGAGUGCCCUUUCACAUGAAGUGAAAGAGGAGAUGUAUAAGCUGUACCCUGAUGCAAAGAGAGCUCACCUAAAGACAGGCGGGAACUUCCCAUACCUGUGCAGGAGUGCAGAAGUCAACCUGUAUAUCCAGAUUCAUCUGCGGCAGUUCCAUGGCACACGCUAUGCGGCCGUCGACCCUGCCAUGGUGAGUGCUGAGGAGCUGGAUUUGCAGAAGUCACGCUGCACUGGUGACUGUGACCGAGAGGAGGAACAGCAUGACUCAGCCACCAUUUCCCGCCUGCGCUGACUGCCACAAAGGGCACCCUCGAUCACCAGCAUGGACCCAAAACCCACCAGCCUGCCUUUCAAACGGGCCGCAUCUGGCCUCAGUCAGGGUACUUUUCUGACAAAUCCAUUUAAGUUAGGCUCAUUUUCUUGCUUCUUGGAACUCUUUUUCUUUUCUUGAAGAAAAUAUUUUUAGUGGAAAAAUGGUUACUGUAAAUAAUAAUUGGUUGUGUUGAUUUGUCAUAUUAAAAAAGCCAUGAUGCCUCUUUUGUAACUUUCUGCCUUGUAUGUCCUGUUAAGAUUUAGUUUUGUCUUCACUUUUACAUUGGUUUGUUGUGUGUGCACAUGUGUUGAUUGUACAUCAGUACUGCCAAACACUCCUCGUUACUCAGUAUUAAAUAUGAUUCAAUGCACUGAUCAAUGCAGUAGUUCCUGUAAUGUGGACAUGAAUGCAGAAGAGAUUGAGCUCUUUAUUCCCUGGUACUUUUCUUUGAUGAAGUAAAGCAUGCUUGAUUACUGAAA